GUUGUGCUUGUUGGCAACAAUCGUAUCGAGCUAGAGCACAUCCCACUGCAGAUUGAAGAGGACGGAAAGUACAAGGUCCGACUACAUGAGUCCGAAUGGCGUUCACGCCAAAGCCCCGAGUUGCCAGUUACCCGUAAGCAGAUGAUGAUAGCGCUGCAAAAUCUCCAAGGCGUCUACAUCCGUGGUACCUACAACUAUCCGGCAAGAGGAGACGCAAUCACCAUGAGUGAGAUUUCAUUGGACGUGGCCGUCCCUCCGUCUCCUGGUCUGACUGGAUCGACAGCCAUCGGUGUUGAGCAGUGCUCCAACUGCCCUCAGGGCUUUACCGGCUCAUCGUGCCAGAAUCCUGCCACGGGAUACUGUAGGAAGAAACAACGUGACUACCUCAAUUCUCCGGACGAUAUGUCGCUCAUUGGCUGGUCAGAACCAUGUGCCUGCUACGGUCACUCAGUCACCUGCCAUCCAGAAACUUGCGUUUGCACGGACUGUGAACAUAACACAAUCGGGGAACACUGCGAUCUGUGCAAAAGCGGCUACAUCGGUGAUGCAAGAGAGGGCGGAGCGAAAGCAUGCACGAAAUGUGCCUGCCCACUCGUGGAGAACUCGUUCAGUGAUACUUGCGUCGCGGUGGAUUACGGUAGAGGUUAUGUGUGCAACGCGUGCAAGCCAGGCUAUACUGGACAAUAUUGCGAAAACUGCGUAGUCGGCUAUUUCGGCGAACCGUCGACACCAGGCGGAUUCUGUCAGUCGUGCGACUGCCAUCCGGACGGCUCGCUCAACGGCGCCUGCAAUCCGCUUACCGGCCAAUGUGAAUGUCGUGACGGAGUGACAGGAAGGGAUUGCAGUCGUUGCCAACAUCGUCACGCCUUCAUCGGAGGAGUUUGCACCUCUUGUGAUCAAGGCUGUUAUCUGCCGCUCAUGACCAUGGUGGACGAGCUAGAAAUGACACUGGCCAACCAGAACUUCAGCACUUUACGUCCGAUUCCAUGGAAAAGACUGUCACGAAUCGGAAAUAAUACCGAACUGAUAUCCGAAUUCAUGAGAGGGCUCGAUGAAGGCGGUGAAGGCGAAGUCGGCGGAAUUGUCAGAGAUAGCAAGUAUGCCAAAGAAGCGUUCGCAGUUGUGGAAGGGGCUCGCUUCCAAGCAGAACGUAUGGCCAAGGGCGUCACAUCGUUGGAGCAGUUCACAUCUCUGGCCGAGAAACUAAUUCUUGACGCUCAGCUCACCUAUGCCAACGCGUUCAACACGACGCAAUUCCUCAAGCACUUCCACAAGCACGGUGGCACCACUGUCGGUGGAGCCACAUUGGACGCUUGGGUUCGCGAAGCUGAAGCGCACUACAAUGCCACUCUUGAUCGUGGCGAGUACAUCGAGAAGCGACUCAAUCGGGCUGAGCAAGAACACAAGUAC